AUGAUGUAUGUCAAUGCUGUGACCGCCACCAUCUACUUGUUGGACCCCUUGGACAAGCCCACUGCCAAGUCAGAUUCGAUGGCUGCUGCCAAGAGGUUCAGUGAAUACAUGAAAAUGCGGCGCCUGACAAGAGGCAAGUGGCAGUGGACUGAAAAGCAGUGGGAAGGGGGAGUAGUACCACACUCUGCCCAACAAGAUGGCUCAAGUUGUGGAGUCUUAACAUUGUUGAUGGCUGAAGAGAUACUCCGCUGUUUUCCGUCUGUUCCCGCCAACAUAAUUAUGGACACCUCAUCACACAACAUGGUGCAAGAAAGGGAGAGGCUGGCUCUGCAGAUUUUUGCUGACUCGGUAUUUGAUGUGAAUGAACACUGCGCAAUGUGCAGCACACACAAGCCUGCAGCAAACUGGAUGAGGAGGCUGCAAAUGGGAGUGUAA